UUGGUGUUCGUGUUUCCAUAUUUUCAGCGACCAAUAUCCAUAUCCAUCCACUAGAAUGGCUAAUGUUGCAAGGCUAGUAUCAGGCUGUCGCCACUCUUUUCAGACAAUACUUCACCGGAAUGCUGGUGUAGCUGGGGCAGUCCCUGUGAGACACCUCAAUCUACAGGAGUACCAGAGUAAGAAGUUAAUGCAGCAGUAUGAUGUCAAUGUUCAGAAGUUCAUGGUUGCCGAUGAUGCUCAACAAGCAGUCCAGCAAGGCAAAGACUUGGAUGUGAGGGAGAUCGUAUUGAAGGCUCAGAUACUUGCAGGAGGUAGGGGUAAAGGAACAUUCACUAGUGGUCUCAAAGGAGGAGUUCAUCUAACCAAAAACCCCAAUGAUCUUGGUCCAUUGGUUGAACAGAUGAUUGGAGCCAAACUCACCACCAAGCAAACUCCCAAGGAUGGUGUCCUUGUUAAAAAGGUGAUGGUAGCGGAAGCACUGGACAUUGAGAGGGAGACGUAUUUGGCCAUUUUAAUGGACAGAGGAAUGAUGGGUCCGGUUCUUAUUGGGAGUCCAGCGGGUGGAGUGGACAUUGAAGAGGUGUCAGAGAAGACACCAGAGCUUAUAUUCAAGGUACCCAUUGACAUCACCAUUGGCAUCACAGAUGAGCAAGCUCUUACAAUGGCAAAAAAUCUUGACUUUAAAGGAGAUCUCAUCAGAGUGGCCGCAGAUCAAAUCAAGAAUUUAUAUGAGCUAUUCCUUGGAGUUGAUGCCACACAAGUUGAAGUCAAUCCAUUUGGAGAAACAGAUGAUGGUAGAGUGGUAUGCUUUGAUGCCAAGAUCAACUUUGACGACAACGCAGAGUUCCGCCAGAAGGAGGUCUUUGCCAUGGACGAUAUGACAGAAGCCGACCCCAAGGAAGUCUUAGCAGCUGAGCACAAUCUGAACUACAUCAGUAUGGAUGGCAAUAUAGGAUGCUUAGUGAAUGGUGCUGGUCUGGCCAUGGCAACCAUGGAUAUCAUCAAGCUACAUGGAGGAGAGCCGGCAAACUUCCUUGAUUGCGGUGGUGGUGUAGGAGAAGGGCAGGUCUUUGAAGCCUUCAAACUCAUCAGCUCAGAUGAAAAUGUAAAGGCUAUCCUAGUGAAUGUAUUUGGAGGUAUUGUAGAUUGUUCCAUCAUUGCUAAUGGCAUCACGUCGGCUUGCAGGGGAAUGGAUCUCAAGGUACCCCUUGUGGUCAGGUUAGCAGGGUUCAACGUAGAGAAAGCUACCAGCAUCCUCCACGAAAGUGGUCUUCCAAUUAAGAUUGCUGCAGAUCUGGAAGAUGCUGCCAAGAAAGCCGUAGCUUGCCUUAAUUAACAACAUAGUAGGAAGGCCCUUUGACAUGAACUAGGAAUCAUACUGGAUCUAAGAACUUGCUGAGGUCUUGUUCACAUAUUGCAUGAUGAACCGCCCCCAAAAUGUCGCUGCGGUAAAAAUAAAAACCACUUUACAUAUAAAUGAAUGGCCAAUGAGGUUCAAAGAUAAAUAGCUGCGUCCAGGCCCUAAAUCAUACUCACUUGUCUAUAUGUUAUAAUAUACAGAUUUGAAUUGCACACAAUUUUGCCAGCGUGGGGUUUUUGUAGACGGGAUACUG